ACAGUACCAUCGUCAUUUCGGGAUAGGUACAACAUUUUAAAUUAAUUAAAAAGGUUGACAACACCCUCCAACCAUAUCAUCUUAUGUGUACGCUAAACACCGUUCCAAUUAAUCUUAUAUUCGGAUCACGUAUAAUUACAUCAAAACACUGUCUCAUUUCUUUGCAAUCAAUCUAUCACCACUUAACAUUUGUACCUCAAUCUGGCACAAUGUGGCUUACGCUGUUAAUUGUUUUUUUCGUUACUUCAGCUCUAUCUGAUAUAACCGCUCCAGGAAUAGAGAGAUCACUGCCAGAUGGGGUAACAAGUUUGGGGUAUAAUGUUGUGUAUGGGGAUGAGGAUUUGACGGUUAUCAAUCAAGUAGUGGGGGAGGAAGAAAAAUGGAAUUCUGUGAGGAAAGAUUCUGAUUUGUUACGUGAGCUGCCACCGCUGCCUGCCCAGGAUGUUAAGUGUUUGAUGUCAGUUGAUAGAUAUUGUUCUAAAGAUAUGGGUAAAAUGAAAAGUAUAUUGAUUCAGGCUUUAAAGGACGAUUGCGCCAAAUGUAAUGCAAUAGAGAAACAGAAGGCGGGGAAGAUUGUAGCAUCAAUGCUAGCACACGACCCAACCGCCUGGAAGCUCUUCCUCACCAGGUCAGCAUUGCAAAUUCUACCCAAAAAGAAACUGCCGAAAAGAACCAAACCUAGAUAUAGAUCUAUUGGGGACCCAGAAUAUAUUCUACAAACUAAACACCGAUACACGAUGCCUGGAUUUAAUGUGAGAGUCAAAAGAUUUGUAGCGGAGAAAAUUCGUUAAUGGUUGUGUGUCGAUUUUGUCAAGUUUUAGCAGUGCAGUGUGUUCUAUACUAAUAUUGUAAAGCUGCAGAGUUUGUUUGUUUGUUUGAUUGAACGCGCUAAUCUCAGGAACUACUGGUCCGAUUUGAAACAUUUCUUUUAGUGUUAGAUAGCCCAUAUAUCGAGGAAGGCUAUAGGCUAUAUAUUAUCCCUAUAUACCUACGGGAACGGGAACCACGCGGGUGAAAACGCGCGGCGUCAGCUAGUGUAGUUAUAACUCUUAAAAUUGUAACUAAGUAGCUAGGUAGGUGAAAUAAAUAAUUUUACGGAGUUC